AUGCAAGAGCCAAGUCCUGGAAAUGUACAGAAAAAAGCGUCGUCGGAAAUACUCUUCGCCGAUUAUGGAAAGAAUAGUACAGAUGGAGAAGAUCCCACUCCGGAGAACAAACGGGUUAUUGAUUUGUACGAUCCAGUAGACGCGAUGAGCUUAAAUCGGGAGAAAGAUAGAGUAGUAGUUUCAGGAAUUAGAGGCGUUCUUCAAAUUAUCAAAGUUCAAAGAAAUAAGGAUAGCGAUGAAAUAGAAACUCCUUCAAUUGUCAAAGAUCUCGAUAUGAGAGUCUAUCGAAAAGGAAAAAUAAACAUUUUGUACUCGGCACAAAAUGUGAAAUGGAAUCAACUUUACGAUCAGUAUAUAGCUACAACUUCUUCCAAUGGAUCCAUUGUUUGUUGGAACGUUUCUAGGAAAAAUAAAUCCGUUUUCAAAGCUCAUGAACGGUCGGCAACAUGUCUCGAUUGGCACGCAACAGCUCCUUAUAUUCUCGUUUCUGGAUCUCGUGACUGUACAGUUAAAUCAUACGAUAUGCGGGUGAAAGAUAACCAUCAGCUCACAUUCAGUGAUCGAAAUUGUGAAUCGAUUCGUGAUGUUGCAAUGUGUAAAGCACCUGGAUUCGAUGACUAUUUCUUCACUGGAGAUGACGGUGGAGUUCUUCGUUUGUGGGAUUUACGACAAACAAGACGAUGGAUUUUUCAAAAAGUUGCUCAUCGAUCGUUUGUUUCCACGCUUUCUUUGAAUCCGCACAAUCGGCAACUACUAGCUACUGGAGGUGGAAGAGACAAGAUGGUGAAGAUUUGGGAGUGGUCUGGAGCAGAACUCAACCGUGUAUCAGUGGUGGAAACAACAGCUCCACUGGGUAGAGUUGCCUGGCGUCCCGAUAAACCAUACCAUCUGGCAACGUGUGCAAGUGUAAACGAAACAACUGUUCAUGUUUGGGAUGUAAGAAGACCAUAUCUCCCUUAUGUAACAUAUGACGAACAUCGUGAUAGUGUAACUGAUGCCUGUUGGCCAACAAACGAUUUCGAUGUGUUUUUAACCUGCGGAAAAGAUGGACUUGUUGUUCUUCAUAAUAUUGAUUCAGGACAUGCACCUAUUUCGUACGCUUGUGAUGUUGCGUUUGAUGUUACUCCCGAUGGAACGAUGGGAGUUGCCGUUAACUCGGAAAUUCAUGCCAAGAAUGAUGCUGAACUCGAACUGAAUGCUAUUCCCUUAAAGGGGAAGAAGAUAAUCCGUCAAAUUCCAUACGAAUCAUUUAACAAACCAAUCAAAAGUUUGGUAUGUUUCGGGGUCCCUGAAUCUCUAACACAUAGUUUGCCACCUACGAUAUUCUAUAAAAUCGCUGAAAAGUACAUCAUUGGUGGUGUAGAAAUUAUUCAACUGUGUGAAACGAAUUCAAAAACUGCUCGAAAAAAUGGACUCGAACAUGUGGCACAAACAUGGAGACUCGUUGAAGCUCUUUGUGAACAAGCAAAAAUUCAAGAGGAAUACGAUAGAUUAUCAGUUGAGGAGAAGGAAAGAAUUAUUCGAGCAUGGGCUGUAAGAAAGAAAGAGCUUGCCGAGGAAGGUCGUAGAUGGCUUGCCAAUCUGAACGAUCAUUAUCGAGAUGAUGUAAAGAAGCAGGUCACACAACGACUAGAAAACACUCAACAUGUGACAGCUUUCUUAAAAUUCUCCAGUUCCUCGGGAUCAGAAGCCUCCGAUAAUGAGAAAGUCGGCGAUACUGACAAUAAGCGAAACGAGGUUGAUAGAAUGGCACCAAACUUUGAUAGACUUCUUAGUAAGCAGAAGAAAAGAAAGAAGAAAAAUGCAGCACCCAUCGAUUUCUAUUUUGGGGCCGGAGAAGCGAAUUUCAAAGGCGGCAAACGAGAGCAUCUGCAUUACAAUGAGUUCAUGGGUUUGAGAGCGGAAGCUUAUGAGUUGCGAGACGAAGAAAAAGAACGUAGAUUCUUCUGUAAAGCUCGGAAACAACCAACUAAUGCUCAAGAGUAUGAGGAAUUUCUAAUGCAAGAUAGUGAAGCAGAUUAUCAAGCGUGGUCUCCAAUGCUUGAAAUUUACCGUCUUCUCCUAUAUCAUGCUGAACAGGGAGACAUGCAGACUUGUGCAACCGUUUCGAUGGUUUGUGGAAAGAAACUUCUCGAUGCAGUUGAUCCAUAUACAGUGAAUGGUUGGAUCAAGUGUUAUAUGGAAAUGCUCGAUAGAUUAGAACUCUUUCUGGUUACUGCAAAAAUACGAAAAUACUGCACUCUGGACAGUAUUAGUUCUGUGUCUCGUGAGAACACUACAAUUCAGCUAGCUCAUGCUGAUUGUGAUGCACUGAUUGUCAAUGGACGGUGUACGAAAUGCGAAGUUUUGGCACAAGCAGACUGUACUGUAUGUCGAUUCGCUAUUGUCGGUAUGACAUAUCAAUGCAAUCUUUGUGGACAUUGUAUGCACGCUGACCAUGCCUAUGAGUGGUUUCAAAAAUCGAAUUCUUGUGCUUUUCGUGGAUGUCCUUGUCCUUGCGGAGGGAACACAUGGCCUGAUGGAAUCCGCACGUUUAUUGGAAACGACGAAGUGAAGAAAGGGCAUAGGAAAUUCAACCAUUUAGAGCAGCAAGUUGAGCCCAUAAGUAACAGAGUUGAUGUUUCACGACUUGACACUGAUUCAGAAGAAAGUCCAGAUGAAGAUUUAGAGUGGUCACCCGCCAAUAACAUUCUUAAAAAUAAGUAUGGAGAAGUUCCAUGCAAAGAUUGGAAUACGGAAUGGGCCCAACAACUUCUCCAAAUGUGUUCAUUGCGAAAUAUGAAACCACACGAAAUCGCUGCACUUGAGGAAGAAAAAGAGAGAGAGCGAGAGAAAAGUGAAACUGAAGACGAAAAUCCUCAUAUUUGGAGUCCGAAAACUCAAAAAGAGUUGGAUGAAAGUGACAUUCGAAGGACAUUUAUGUACCGCCUUGAAGAUGACGAUAGAGAGAAAAAAGAAGUAAUUGAGUCCACGCCAACUGAAGAGGAAGCAUACGAUGUUGAUCGAGAAGACUUCGUUUGGGAUUUUCUGGCUUCAUCUUCAUCAGAAGACGAAAUAGUAGAGACGGAGAGUGUGGUAGACCAAUGGCCAAGAUUAGAGCAGAUUCCAGAAGAAGAUGAAGAUUUUAUAGAGGAUGAAGAUGGAAAUGAAAUACGGAAGGUUUUACCGAAAGAAAAAGAAAAGAAGAAACCAAAGCUGAAACCGAAGCCGAAGAAAAAAGGAAAUGAAGUCGCUCGAAAACGAUUUGUGGAAAAAAUCUCUAAUCGAAGUCGCGGACCGGAAGAAAGACCUCUUGUUCUGUUCGAUGAAGAAAUGGCUUCAAUGAAAGAAGAUAAAUGGGACAUGCUCGAAUGUGAUGACUACAUUCAUUCAAUCGGACACAUCGGAGUUCCGCCACAACAAUUCUCAGCAAUAUAUGAAAGAAAGCGUCGAGAUAAUGAACGAGUCACUUCUCCGACAUUAACAUUUGCAAUCAGAAAUCAUGUGAAAACUAAAAGUGGAUUAUAUUGUAGUACUUCUGCUUCUGAAACUGACGUUGAUGAAGAAUUAGGGUUUGAGAAGAGAUGUUGCGAAAGCCGUCAAAAUGGUACUGAUGGUAUCGUUACGGAGAGAGAAGGAACAGUAAAACCAACACUGUCGUAUGGAGAACGAGCUUUGAAGAUUUUGAGCAUGAGCAAAAAGGAGCUCAAGAAACUAAAAGCCAAGAAAGAGAAGAGGAGAAUCGAUAUAAUCUAUGGGAACAUUUUUGGCAAAUCAAAUCAGCAAACAGCCGAAUUAUCCCCAGAUGAAUUUAUUGUCUCUAGUUCAUCAGAUGACAGUGACUCAACUAAUUCCUCUAAAUCAACUACAACAGUUUUUAGUGAAUCGUCUGCUUCUGAGCUCUUCAUUCCUGUCCCAGAAGCGACGCCACUCAACGUCAAUGAAGGUUACAAAGCAGAAUCAGAAGAUGGUUUCUCGUCAGAAUCUACAUCUCACGAACAGUUGUCAGCAGAGCCAACACUCCGAUUACCUACACCACAAGCUACCGGCGAUCUUUAUUUAAAGCCAGAAAGUCCGAAGCGUGUGGUCGUUCACAAGAUGAAGAAAUACAAAAAGGUAAGAAGCGCACUGGCUUACUCAGUUGAAGAUGUGGGAAGAUAUCCUGAUGAGCAUGCUGACAACUACUUCAUAUGCAUAAAUGGGGCAGUCCCUUCUCCUACACAAUCCCGGUUAUCCAGUCCACAAGUGUCUCCAAUGCAAUCAAUUCCCAGUUCCCGGUUUUCUUCUGAACUGGAUCCCCCUCCUGCGCCCCUUACUUCAAUUAUGGCACCAAGUAAAAAAGAUUCAGAAGUUGAAAAAGAGUCAGAAAAACUUUCUGAGUCUUCUGAAGAACACUUUGAUUCUGGGGUUCAAGAACACAUACAUUCUGCACCACCUUCUAGAAAAACGAGCUCAAUAAUUACCUCUGACGCUCCAAUAAUAGAACCACCUGCUAUCACAUCAUAUGCUAAUCCAAUAUUCUCCCGAAUCACUGGGAGACCUCGAUCAAGGCCAGUCACUAUUUGUGGGAGCGGGUAUGAGAAUGUUACUUCCGUAAAUGGAUCUGGUAUGCAUAGUGCUCCUGCAACAAAUGCUGUCAACCAACUUUUUCCACCUAGCUCAUCUUUACCAACACAUUCAAUAUUUGCCGAUAGUAAGAAUGGGGAUGCAAAUGUGGUUGAAACUGGGAAUCGUCAUAAACUCAGUGUGCCCUCAAUGCCCUUCGCCCCUCAAAAGAAACUAUCUAAUGGGAACCAGAAUAAUCUUCUGGUCACAGAUUGCCCGCCAUCAUCUCCCAAUUCAAGACGAGAAAACAUUUAUGUGGGGAGUGAAAGUAAAAUGACAGGGUCCCAUUCCUCCCUGUCUAUUCAUUCUAAAAUCAAUGGAACCGAGAACAAAAUUAUGCAGAAACAACCUGAAAAAGGAAAGAAGACAACAGAGGCUUCCGACUCGGAUUUGUUCUCAAUAGAGGAAGAUCUCUUUGGAUCAGAAGGACCUUCAGACGAAGAUAACGGUGAACCGUUUUUCCCUGCAUCCGAAGAUAUUCCAGUGAUUCGAAGCACAAAGCAUCCAUGGGAAAACGAACAACAGUACCAACAACGACUUCUAAGUGAAAAGGAGGAAGAAGAAGAAGAACGAAGAGAAGAGGAGGAAAAGGAGAGAGAGAUUGAAGCUCAACUCGCUAUUCUGAACCGGCAUACGCCGAUGAUGAGGGAACUUGCCAAACGAAAACGAAGACUGCUAAAACCAAAAAUUCCACCAGACCGAAAACCGUUUACUAAAGCAAUGACAUCAUUGAAACGUGUUAAAUUCACAGAAGAAGAUUAUGAUGUGGCAAUGACAGUUGCACUUGGGAAUUUGGAAUCGGAUCAUCCAUUAAAGAGUGACAAUUCGGACUUCGAAGAAUUCGUGCGAGAGCAAGAAAGAUGUCUUCCAUGUCAACAUGAAGUCAAAGAAAACAAACGAGAGAAAGAAUAUGUGAAUUGGUUGAAAAAUAUAUCGGAAGAGAAUCAAAUGUUUUUUGCCAAAUCUCUUAGUGAUCCAUGUGCCGUAUUCCAGCUAUCUCACCUAGAAAAAACUGCUUCACAUUUAAUCGAGUUCAUCAAAAUGUUCUAUUUCAUCAAAUGGGAAGAACUUCUUAAAAUCGACAAUGAUUUCAUGCUGAAAGAAGUUUAUGAGUUAUGGCAGGACUAUCGGAAUAAAAGACCAAGAGUUUGCAGGACUCAUUUCCGAGAUUAUCAGUUCCGAUUCUUCGCUUCUUCAAUUGCCACCAAAAUGAAACAACAUCUUAUCACGGAUGAGUCACCAACUGUGAAGCAAGGAUUACUCAACUACGAUUGGCUGCACCUCAAACCUUGUGUUAAUACAUUAAAUGAUGAUUUGGCAACAAUUGAUGACAUGAUGGAUACUGUCGUUCAGCGAAAUCCAAAUUGGACAACAGAAGAGAAGGCAGUUGCAAAUCGAUAUUGGGAUUUAUUUGGGGAUGUUCCACUUCAUAUUGAAACCACUGAUAGGGUUGCAGUCCCGCCGUUAUCGGAAGAUCAGCUAGAGAUCAUUGAUGAAUCGAACUGUUGGACGAAGAAAAUGAUCAAAAAAGCACUGUAUAAAGCCAGAAAAUACGAUAUCAAACUAACAUACACGAAGCAAAAGAAGCAGAAGGAUAUGUUUUAUGUACAGGACAGAUCGGAGAAAGUGCUGAAUCGAGAAUGGCAAAUGCGUUUGGAGAAAAUGGUCAAUGAAACUCGGCAUGUUGAUCUCGCAAUGAGCACUUUUCGAAUAAAUCCCAAUGAUAAACUGAUCUACACUACUGAUGAACAUCAUCCCUGGCCAAUAUGUCAGUUUGAUACAGGAAAUCACUAUGUGACAGUUCAACCAAUGGUUUCAAGAAGAUAUGAUCAGAUGAAGUCUCGUGUUAGAAGGAAGUUUACAUUCAGACGAACUCAUAAAGCUGUCAAGAAUGCAAAGCAUAUUGCGAUUACAACCGAUGAGCUUCGCAAGUUACCUUCGUUCAAACGAUUUGAGCCAAAGCUACAAAAAGCAACUGAGUUCAAAAAUAUGAUGUCAAAACACUACAAAGUCGUUGAUAGAGCAAUUGUCGAAAACCGACAUCAUUUGAACACAAUUGUAGAAGAAGAUGACGAGGUGGCACUCAUUGUCCAAAUGCUCGAAAAUCGCCCGUUCAAAUCCGGAAAACGAAGGCUCGAUUCAGAAGAUGUGUUUGCAGAAAGACGUGAACAAAUUGAUUAUAGAGAUCGGGACGUUUUGGCGAGAAUGAUUGCAGAAAAGUAUCGAAAACAAUUGGAAGACUAUGAAAAACACGAGGCAGCCAAAAUGAAAAUAAUGAAAAAACACUGGAUGCCUGAACUUCGGAGAAAGAUUCAUGUUGCUCGAAGAGUUAUAGAAAUCGGAAGAUUGAUGGUCGAAGAAGAUGUGCGAAAAUGGAUGGAAUAUCAAUAUGAACUGAUGUUUGCCAAAAAGACUUUCAGAAAGAAUUCGUACAUUACCAAAAAGCUAAUGAGUAAUAAUGUUCCAGUCGAAUGGCUUGACUCAGUCGACGACAUCGAUUUUGAAGAACCCUUUUCUCCUCCUGUUUACGCUAAACCGUUGACUCCGGUUGCAAGAUACAAAUGGAAUCCUGGUCCUUCUGCUUACAAUUCGUCUUCAGAUGAAGAGGAUUACGACCCAGAUGAUGAAAAGCCUGAAGAUGACGUUUUUGUUACCUUUGAAACACAACCAGAUUUACCUGUUAUCGCUGGAAAACUGCAAAACAUAAUCAAAGAAAAAUUGGAGUUAGCAGACGAUCUGGUUGAUGAUGAAUGGGAGUAUUCUGAUGAUUCAAGUGUUUCCACGUGGUUUGAUAACGAUACAGAUGACAUUGUGAACAGACUGAUUAACAAGGAUUAUGUGGACGAGCAUAUAGUAUUGAAAGAGAGAUUAAAAGGCCCGCUCGGAAGAAAACUGUGGGAAGUAAUGGCUGAACGACAAAGUCCAGAACCGCUGUCAGAUGAAGAAGAGAAUACGUCAUUUGAUUUGAUGCUGAGAAAAGAUGAAGAAGAGAAAGAAAAGAAACAAGCGGAAUGGAUGGAAGAGAAUGCUGAUCUUGAUGAUAUAGGCGUUUCUGAUGGGAAAACGAGGAAAGAAGUAACGAAGAUGGAAACAGAAAGAGAUUCAUUGAAGUAUUUCAAGAGAGAAGACAGGAAAAAAGAGAUGGAUCAAAUACGAUGGUUUUUCAAAAAAUUUGCAUUGGACCAUAGUUACACAUCUGAACCUUACGUGUGGAAUGAUGAGUUGCACGAAGCGAUCGCCACGAUGCAUCGAAGUGAGUUACGCAGAGUUGGAAAUCGAAUUCAUCAAAACAUGAAGAACGACUACGAGUUGAGAAUGAUGCAAGAUGACAUGGUGACUGAAAUCAUUCCUGCGGAUGAGACUAGUCUUCAAUACAAAUUGAUCAACUUUUUAUUGUUCCGAAAUGAUGGAGAAAAUUUCGAAAAGUCUUCAAUGCGAGCUGCUGAUUGCUCCAAGAUGUUAAAACCCAUUCAACAGUAUGAGAUGUUUUUCGGUAGAGAAGGAGCAUACAAAUUAAAAUCGAUAGGCGAUGAUAUGCUGGCAUAUCAGGAUAUUCGUAAUUCUUUCAAAUAUCUUUCUCGACACUGGGGUGACAAUCGUUGUAUUUCGGCAGAAGCUGUACGUAGAUUCGUGAAAGUGUGGUGGUACAAUUCGAAAGUCACACUUCAACGUUUCCUUUCUAGUUGUAAGGAGACUAUGGAAACUGGUGGUCAGAUUUUUGACAGCAUGGUGCAUUGGUACUACAACUGUCAAAACAGAAAAAUUGCUCAAGAGACUUUUGAUCAGCUAGAAAUAGGGUGCCUAAUGAACGAUAUUCUGCAUACUGUGGACGAAUAUGUAGAGGAAACGGAAAUGCUGUGCCGUAUGACAACAUCAUUAGAGGAGAAAAAAGCAUAUUCGACAAUGGAUUACUUCGAUUGGUAUUAUUUCAAGCAUGGAUAUCCAGAUUGGUACGAAAGCGAAGAAGAUACUGAAUCGGAUUCGUCUGCUUCGAGUGUUUCCGAGAUUAUACCAAUCACGGAAGACUCGAAACCAAAUUCUCUCAAAGCAAAUGGUUUGCUCUCUGAAGAUCAUGCUUCUCCUAUUAAAAUAAUGCCGGAUCAACCUCGAAGAGCAUCGGAGAUUGAGGAGGAAGAAGAUCAUCAAUCAGUUAAUCCAUUCACCAGAAGAAGAAAAAGUGUUCUAACCGGAAAUCCUAACAAAGAAAUGAUGGAUCAUUACUCUAAAGUCUACAAUAAACUGAAAGAACUUGAAAUUGAAAAACGACGAAAGCAGGAAGAGGAAGCUGCAAAGCUAACAGUAGCAAGGUGGGAACAGGCAGAAAGAGAGAAACUAUGGGAUAUUGAAGAUAUGGAGAAAAAGGUUCAUGAUUUCUUGAUGAUGAAUUUGUCAAUAAAGGAGAAGAAAGGCAGAGAGGAUCCUGAUAAGAUCCCAUAUAAAGACUGGAGAGAUGUUAUGGAAAAUUCAGAAGAAGACGGAUAUAAAGACGUCCCGAGUUGUGCGAUGUACGGAAAAAGUGACAUGUCAACUAUCAAAGUUCUAGAAAUGUGUGGACUUCCACUUAGUUUGGACAACCAACUGUUUGUAAUGGAAAUGGAUGAAUGCCAGUCAGCUGCCACGUCUGUUUCUGAUGCUGAAGAAAUAGCAAGUGUCAUCGAGAAAGACUUCGUAGAUGACAAAUUUGGAACUAGUCCUGACAUUGAUGACGACGCAAAAAGUUACUCAUCGACCAGGCAUGUUCUUAAACAUGAACUUCAUUUCCAGCGAGAUCUGGAAUGCCGAAGACUCCCUUCGUGUGUUCUUCUCUUCAAACCAGAAGAGUUCUUCGAAAAUCCAACCGACACUACUCGAGAAUUCACGAAGUGGAAACGAAUCAUAGAAGCAAGCGAAUGUCCAUUCUCUUUCAAUAAACUUGUUAUGAGAGAACGAUUGAUUCAAAAGUGUAGAGAAGAAUGUCAAUACGGUCUGAUGGAGAGAUACUUUGCAACAAAUGAAAGGAAUCAUAAAAGUGUUAUCGAGGUUUUCAAGAACUGUUUUAUUCUAGUCGUUGUGGAUACAGAACUCAAGCCAUGGGAUUGUAGAGUUGUUUCUCUUGAUGAUUUAUCAAAACCAGCAAAGGAUAAAAUUAGUUAUCUCAGAAAACUAAUGGUCGAAGACUCUCAAGAACAAUUGCUCAAGUGGCUAGAGAUCAAUAAAAUCGACACGGAAGUUUAUUCUCGUUGUCCUGUACUCAUUGUCACAGAUGAAAAUCUAACAUUAUCUCACGCAACACAAAUGUCCGAAUUUCUGAUUGAAGAUCGUGUGAAAGAUGAGUGGCUCAUUAUAAAGAGAGAAGAAGGAGUUCGAGCAUUAGAUGCAAUAAUCCGAAUGCCACCACCGCCGAGUCACAAGCUUGAAGCCUAUAAAGUCAUAUUCAAGCCAAUCUACGACGCGUGGUACAAGGUUUGGAGCUUUGAAAACGCUCAAUCAAAUGCAAGAACACCCGUUGUUCGGAAGUUCGAUCCGGUAAAAGAGUAUUUGCAUAAAGCUAGAAUGAUCGUGAAUUACGCUCAUCAACAUUACCGUAUGAAGAGGUUUGAUUCAUUAAUGUCGAAAGAUCCAACCGAAUUCCAAUUGGUGGAUCGAUCAGAUGUCCCAAGUGCUUCGUUGUUCGAUAGUCUUGACGCCGCUGUCAGCAAGUUCUGCAAUGAAGAUUCGACUCAUCUCGACGAACCCAGUAAGCAAGUUGUCAAAGAUACACUUAUUCAAUUAGCAACUGGAAAGAUUCCAUACUUCACAACUAAUUAUUUCGGUGGAUAUGACUACACUGAAAACUUGGGACUAACCACACAAGAAGACGAGGAGAAUGACGAUGACAGGCUGCCAAUUUUGAGAAAUACAGAUUUCGUUCAACCAGAUACUCCUAAUGCCAAAUAUUUGGAUAUGGAAGACUGUGAAGAAGAAAUAGAAUGGCUCAGGAAUAUGUAUGAGGAGUCUGAUUUCCAUAGACGGCGAUUCAUGGCUGUACUUAUGUUUGAACUUGCUCAGAAAGCAAUGUUCAAGUUUGCACCGAAUAUGGGAGAUUUCGAGAAGGCUAAGAAUAGAUUCGAACAUUUGUUAACUAUGCACGCUAAACAGAGACCAUUGCUUGACAUGAUGAUAACAAAAGUUCGAGGAACUUACUUCAUGCCACUCGAGACAAAUCUCUUCCUCUACAAUUCUAAGCUUAUCACGUUUGGAGAAUUGGUCGAUUCUGAAAUUCAUCCGGAAGAUUGGAAGAAUAAAAAAAUAAGUUUCGAAGACUACAGAAGACAGUUUCCAAAAGAACCACACGCGAUGUCUGAUUUCUUAGAAAUGAAUGAAAAUGAUAGUGACACUGACAGUGGAUCAGAAGUCCGUUCAGAUACUUCUUCAUCGUUGGGAAGUUCUACAGAAUCUCUAAACAGCUCGAAGAAAGCAAGACGGACUCGCAAGACAAUCAAUAAAGCACAAAGAGAGCUGAUGUUGAUGAAACUUCGAUCAAAACCUGUCAAUCCGGAUGAAGUGUUUGCUCUGGAAAAAAGAGCGCUUGGACCUAAAAAGUGGAAGUUAAGAAGACGGUUGAAUGAAUAUUUGGAGUCCAUAGCAGAUCUUGACCGUAACAAACUGGAGGCGAAGUUACCAGCGAAGAAGCAAGAUCUUCUCAAAUAUAUAACUGACCUUAUUGUUAACAACUCGGAUACUGCUCACUGGUCAUGGGGAGACCUGAAAAUGAAAACGAAAGUCGGUUUAAUCCCACCUGUAAAUAGGAUGAGACCGAAGCAUUUCAAUAGGAUUAUGAAGGGAAAAAAAAUGUACAAACCUCCGAAAAAAUAUGAUCUGAAUGAUGCCCAAUCCAAUGGCCGCAAGUGGUUCUAA